AUGGCUUUCAUCCAAUCGUCUGACCUUCUGACGCACCAGAGAAUUCACAUGGGGGAGAAACCUUUUAAGUGUGAGCUCUGCAACCAAGCCUUCACAUGGUCGACAACACUUGUGCAACACCAACACCAACAGAUUCACACAGGGGAGAAGCCAUUCAAAUGUGAGAUGUGUGACAGAUCAUUCUCAGAGUCAUCAAACCUUCAUGCACAUCAACGCAUUCACACAGGAGCAAAACCUUUCAUGUGUGAGAUGUGUAACAGAUCAUUCUCAGAGUCAUCAAACCUUCAUGCACAUCAACGCAUUCACACAGGAGAGAAACCAUUCUGGUGUGAGCUGUGUGAAAAGGUUUUCACUAACUGCUCUGAUCUCCUAAAACACCAGAGGAUCCACAUGGGUCAGAAGCCAUUCAAAUGUGACGUGUGUGAGAAACCAUUCUCAGAGUCAUCGAACCUCCACACGCAUCAACGCAUUCACAAGGAAGCAAACCAUUCCGGAAGUGAGAUUUGUGAGGCUUUCAGCCACUCCUCUGAUCUCCUGAACCACCAGCAGGCUCACGCUGGUGAGAAACUAUCCAGCUAUGAGUAG